CCGCACAGUUCGCAUCGAGACUCCGAACAGAGCGGCAGUCGCUCCAGUUGCAGUUGCAGAUAGAGAUACAAAUACAGAUACAACUACAGAUAUAGAUACAGACUUAAGCGGAUCGAGGCUACAUAUACAAAAUAUAGCUUCUUUGGCCAACUAUAAACCACAACCAGUGCAAGAAAAAGAAGUGCGAAAAUGCCGUUCCCCAUCCAUCCGCCCAAGCAGAUGCCCUGCCCCCACUGGCAGCACUUCCCCAUCAGUCCCGUGGACAGUAAGCCGAAUCCAUUCGAUUCCGUCGGCGGAGCGGCAGCAGCGGCCACCCAGGUCAACAUAGGGGUUAACAAGCCACCGGAGCCGGUAUCCUAUCGCUAUUGUUUGCAGUGCAAGAACUCCGGCAAGGAGCCAAUAAACCCCGCCGACAGGGAGUAGCCCCAAAACCAUGGAGGUGACCCAUCAAUCCACACAAUCAGCCAUCACCUGUAAUCAGCCACUUCAAUAGAGGACGCACUUGGAGAGCCAAUUGAAACGGGAAAUAAUCAUAAAAAUCACCGAACACAGUUUUGAAUUCAAGAGACAAACACAUGUUUCCUUUAUCAAACCAUUUUUUCUGUGCUGCUACUCAUAUUUUUCUAUUCAAAAGGAUCUGAAUUUAAAGGUUACACAUAAAACGAUAUAAUAAUAUUCAGUUGAAUGUGAAUAACCGGUCAGACAUUAUUUUAAAGUCAUUUAAAUGCACCAUUGGUCUACUAAAAGCAGGCCAGAAAGUAACUAUGUAUAAGCAGGCAUUUGAUAAUUUAAUAUCAGGUCCAAACGCAGCCCAAUUUUUUUCUGUGUUGUUAUUAUUUAACCUAAACUAAGCACAUGUUCCAUUCAUUUUUUUGUUGCCCAUUUAAGCAGUGUUUUUUUCGAUAUAAUUAAGCUAAGCAUUUUGUACGUAUUUAAUUUGUAUUUAGAGCUAAAGACUACAGUUUAUACAUUUUAUGAAUUUUUUUUAUAUAUUUGUAUAAGAGAAGAGCAAAUAAACGCACGACGCAUUU